UCGUCGUCGCCCCGUCGGACCCUCAUCUGCUCAUUGCGAGUUGCUGGCAGAUGUGCAGCGCCGCAUGAAUGUUAUUGAGGAGGGCAUUCGUUGAAGGCAGACGUAUUCAAGCUCGUCAUCCGUUGCGCCCUCGUUCUUCGAUCCACUCCCGCACUACCUCUUUGGCUGCACAACCUACUCAGCAACAUGUUAACAAACAUCGGGAAUCAACGACCCUCCAGGUCUCCGACCAUGCUCCCGCACGUGCCUUCAUCAAGGAGAUAGAACACUUCCAUGCUGUAGUCAGCGCAGGUGGGAGAAAAACCCCCCGUCCAGCGUUCAACCGUCUUCGUGGAUGUGUCGGUAUGUUGUCCGACGCGUCUUCUCUGCUCCAAGAGCCGUCGAAAUCACUACUCGAGGAAGCCCUCCUGCGCCUGUGCCGAUCUCCUUACCCCCACGAUUGCACUAUCGUGAAGGACGGUCUCCUCAUGUCCGCUCAGCUUUUGGGAGUUGCGGCGGCAGACUAUGCGGCGGACGUAUUCAAACGGCUUGUGGACAAGAGCGACGUCAGGUCCGCUCUCGACUGGCUUUGGGUGACCGGGAAGAUGAGCGGUAUAGACGUGGGGUACGCGCUCGUCCUUGCUCCGUGGCAUCGUCUUCUCGAAGUAGGAGCAGGAAACCGGAACGAAUACCUCAUUGCCAACGCCCUCACGAAGAUGGAGCGCCUCAAAGUCUCCCCGACUGUGGAUACCGGUAGGAUCAUCGUCGCAGCAAUGUUUCGUUCUGCUUCUCUUGACAAAGCCCGGCCUCCUCCGUCCUAUGACACGAUGAAGCAUCUCAUCAACCUCUUCCACUCCGCCGGGAUCCCGUACGACGAGCAUACGCUCAGCGUCAUCAAAGAGGGGUACACUGAUGCAGACGAGGAGAUCGGUCGACGAGUAGAGCUCUUGUACACCUCGACGCUCGUUCGACCUGGGACAGGGCUCUCGGAGGCGCGAAUGCACGAGGCUCUUGCUUCCACAGCGGCCAAUGGUACGCGAAAGCAAGUUCUUCGACAACUGCGACGAUUCCAGGAGGUUGGACUCAGGCCAUCCGAAGACACCCUCUUCUCCGUUCUAGGUGGCGACGCCAAGAUAGACGACUAUGAUUACUGGUGCAAGACCUUAGGAGUCAGCGGAGGCUCCAAGGCCGCCGCAAAGGUCAUGCAGAACGUUCUCGCAGCGGGAGGCUCAUCGGGACCUCGGCUGGUCGAGUUCUACCAGCACGAGAGGAACAAGGGGUACACAGUGUCCUCCUAUAUGCUCCAUUUCGCCAUUCAAGCUCUCUUAUCUUCCGCUCUCGCCGCUCCCUCUGAACGAGCUGUCGAGACAGCACUUGCACUCUAUCGUGACUUCAUACGCGAGGACGACGCAGCCAGUCCGGACAAGGACGACCAUUCAAGGCGGAAACAUCCCGAACCGCGGACAUACCAACUGCUCCUUCGUACCCUCACGCGCGGUUACGACAAGAAGUACCUUCCCGUCGCCAUCUCCCUCAUGGACGACAUGCGGCGAUUCGACGUUGAUCUCGACCCCCAGACCACUGCCAGCGUGAUCAUUCUCCUCAUGCGUGCCUGUCCUACGCCUGCCGAGUCUUUCGAGACGUACCGUCUACUGGGCAAGCCUCCAGACCAGUCAGACAAGCCCCAUCUGGACGAGGAGGGAUAUAACGCUAUCCUCGAUACGUUCUGCAAACUCAAGACGUGGCCCGACGGCAUCCCGUCGACGAAGCACUUUUUCCAGAUCGUCACCGACAUGCGCAAACACGGCCUCGAGCUCAACCACAAGGCUUACACCAUUAUCAUCGGCCACCUCGCCCGCCUCGCCACCGCCGCCUCGUCUGCGCCCUCGGUGCUGGAGACGGGCGACGUGCGUACCCAGAUCGCGAAAAGCAUCGCGCGCGUUCACAAUCACCUGAAUGUGAACUCCGGCUUCACGCCCGACGUCGCGCUCUGGAACCAACUCAUGGACGCGUACCAGCGCGCGGGGUGCUUCACGGAGGCGUGCCGGAUCUGGCAGAAGCUGUUCGCCACGCGGACGUUCAACAACGUGAGCGUGAGCAUCAUCAUCGACGCCUGCGCAUUCAAUCAGGCCCACGAUAUGGCAGUCCGCGUCUUCACCGGCCUCGUGGACUCGGGGUAUCCGAUGAACGUGAGGAACUGGAACACGCUCCUGGAGUGUCUUUGCCGACUGGACAAGAUUGAUGAGGCGAUGAAGGUGCUGUGUCUGGAGAUGAUGGGCAGAGAAGACGGAAUUGAGCCGGACAAGGAGUCCAUACGGAUACUGCUCAAAUUCGCCGCGAAGCACGGCCAGGAGCCAGAGGUGCGGUCGAAGAUCAAACGGUUCCUACCUAAGUUGUACUAUUCCUUACAGAGUGAAAUGGGAUGGCAAAGUUGAG